AACUCAUGCAUCACUACCAAGGCCAGCACGAAUAUCUAAGAUACUGGGAAGGAGCUUCGAGGUUCAAGAGAUAAUCUGGUUCAAGAUCAGCGCUCUAGAGCGAUGGAUCACAUGUCGUUGAGGAGUAAUUCAAAAGUGAAUGCAUCGUACUGCAAGUAUGUCAUGAGCUACUAUGAGUUCAUACCGGCCGGCGACACAGAAGUGUUCAAGCCCUUGGCAGCUGAUCCGGUUCCGAACAAAGGAAUAGGCUACGUCAAGAACAAUCUCCUCUACUCCUCAAGGGACAAAACAAAAGUUUACGGGCACGUUGGUGGGUUGUACUUCUACCAUACAGAGGACGUGAUCGAGGAUGUGGUGACAAUUACCUUCUCCGAAGGCUUGGUCCGACCGUGGGGAGGCAGCUCGAUCAGCCUGCGAGGCUCGUGGUUCAUGACUCCAGACGGUCAAGCUGAUCUUGACAAACAGGAGCUGGGCAUCGUGGGUGGACAGGGCCAAUUCAGAGGCGCCACGGGUUUUGUCAAGUACGAGAAAGUGCAGAAAGAUCCGCAAACCGUGUUCCAUGUCACUUGCCACAUCUAUGUUCCUGACUUCGUCGGCCGCGAUCACGAAGUUGAGAUCAACCUCAACGAGCUGCUCGAAGCUGAUGCCAAACCAAACGGCUUUCACGGUGAUGAUCAAAGAGAGUAGGGCGAGUGCCUGAAGGUCUCAUGGCUGCUAGAAAUGAUCCGGACUUGUCUGCCGUUUCGCUGCUGUGAUGCAGAUACAACAAGCAUGGAGUUGUUUUCCCGGACGAAGUUUGUGAGCUUUAUCAGUCGGAAUAUAAUCUUUCUCAGUAGGAUUAGAUUCUGUUUAGUCGGGCAAGCAUAUGUACUUCCGGAAGUUAGUUUAAAACUCAUACAAGGCUUGCAUAUCCUAUUAGGCUCAUUUGAUGUCAUUUGCUUCUCCAUAUUUUUGGCUCGAUGCAACAACGCGAGGAACAGAGGUUUAUGGUGGAUUCACUUUUUGGCUAGAUUUGACAAUGUAUGUCUUUCCAUAAUCUUCGAUAAAUUUUUGAAUGACGUACACCGUUAUCGUGACAUCUGGUCCUUGUGACACAAUUUCAUAUUAAAAAUUGUGUAUCAAGU